CCCUCUUGCUUCACCUCUGAAUCCCUCCCCCCCGCGCCUUGCGGUGUACAAGUACUUGUGCCUAUGCGCUGUCAGGCGGAACCUCCAAGCUUGUGCCUGCCUGCCUACCUUUUCGCUAUGUACCUAUUUAGUCUCUUCCCGAGGCAUCUAUCUGGCUUCGCACCUUCCUUGCCCCCACUCUAUCCACAACAGCGCUAUUAUCAUUGGUUCCUUGUCGCCCAGGUACCAUCUAGCCAUAUGUACACCGUACCCCACUACAUGGGAAGGCAUGAGAUGGAGCCACCCUUGCUCUACAGUAGGCCUCUCUCUCGUUAUCUCCCCAAGAAACAUACAUUGUACGUAAAGUAUCAGCUACGUACGCGGCGCGAGCUUUGCCAGGCAUCCCUCCGUCCAUUCCCACUUACGUCCACUUCACCGUUACCAAAGCAUCAAAUGGCACAGCAUCGACGCCGGCGUUUAGAUAUCCUUUCAGAGUGGCUUUGCGACAGCCCUGACAUCGCCGUCAGCUACUGACACCUCUCCCCUGCGAUUCCAAGCGAGCGUCAAGAACGAGUAAAUCACAUCACCGCCUUUUCUGCACCCUGGUAAUUAUUGCGACUCUUUC